UCUUUUCGGCUUUCGGCUCAUUCGAUUCACGGCAAACGCAGAAAAACUAGAGCCCAAGCAAAAACGCAAAAACUCGAUCUUCGACUCAGCUCACAGAAAAAUAGAGAAGAAUUAAAGAUCUCUCUUGCUCGUUGAUCUACCUUUCAGGUUUUCAUCAAUCUUUCCUGAGUUUCGAUCUUGACUUGUGUCUGAGCUAUAUAUUCCGUACCAGCUUCUCAAAUCUGGUUUGCUUCUCAACGAGGAAUCGUUCUUUGCAUGACCUAUUGACACACUUGUGAGAUGUCGGGGUUACUAAAUUCUUCUAUCAACGGAUCAGCAUCAAACCUUCCAGAUAGUAGUGGACGUUCUUUUGCAACAUCUUUCUCUGGUCAGUCUGGUGCAGCCUCUGCUGUUUUCCAUCAUGCUGGCAAUAUUCAGGGUUUGCAUAAUAUUCAUGGUAGCUUUAAUGUUCCCAACAUGCCUGGUACAUUCACAUCAAGAAACUCAACAUUAGGUAAUGUUCCAACUGCUGGGGUUCAACAACCUACUGGGAGCCUAUCUGGUGGAAGAUUUGCAUCAAAUAAUCUUCCUGUUGCUCUUUCUCAGUUAUCUCAUGGCAGCUCCCACGGAUAUUCAGGAGUAACAAAUAGAGGAGGUAUUAGUGUUGUAGGAAAUCCUGGAUUUAGUAGUUACACAAAUGGAGUUGGUGGUUCUAUACCUGGGAUUCUCCCUUCCUCUGCUGCAAUUGGUAACCGCAAUGCUGUCCCAGGAUUGGGAGUAUCUCCAAUUUUGGGAAAUGCAGGUUCUAGGAUAACGAGUUCUAUAGGAAACGUGGUUGGUGGGGGAAACAUUGGGAGGAGCAUAAGCUCUGGUGGUGGAUUAUCUGUACCUGGUCUUGCAUCUCGUCUGAAUUUAAGUGUCAAUAGUGGAUCUGGAAGUUUAAGCGUGCAGGGACAGAAUCAAUUGAUGAGUGGUGUGCUUCCUCAGGGAUCUCCUCACAUGAUUUCAAUGUUGGGCAAUUCUUAUCCUACUGCUGGAAAUCCUCUUUCCCAGAGCCAUGCUCAAGCUGUUAACAACCUUAGCUCUAUGGGAAUGUUGAAUAACAUGAACGCAAAUGACAAUUCUCCUUUUGACAUAAAUAAUGAUUUCCCUCAGCUGACAAGUCGUCCUAGUUCUGCUGGAGGACCUCAAGGACAAUUGGGUUCAUUGAGAAAACAAGGUCUUAGUCCCAGUGUUCAACAAAACCAAGAGUUUAGCAUUCAAAAUGAGGAUUUCCCUGCUUUACCAGGAUUUAAAGGUGGUAAUGCUGAUUAUGCAAUGGAUAUGCACCAUAAGGAACAACUUCAUGACAAUACCAUGUCGAUGAUGCAAUCUCAACAGUUCUCUCAGCAACAGCUACAUGGUCCAUCAGCCAGUAGUAGCGGUGCCUCCUUUUCACCUGUAAACAACCAAGAUCUCCUCCAUUUUCAUGGCUCAGAUAUAUUCCCAUCUUCACAUUCGAGCUACCAUUCACAGACCAGUGGACCACCUGGGACUGGGCUAAGAACUCUAAAUUCGCCAAAUACGGUUUCUGGUGUCGGUUAUGAGCAGCUCAUCCAACAAUAUCAGCAACGCCAAAACCAGUCUCAGUUUCGUCUUCCACAGAUGUUGGCUUUGAAUCAAUCAUCUAGGGAAUCUGGCCUGCAAUCAAUACAGGCUACGCAGUCUAAUCCCGACCCAUUUGGGUUACUUGGUUUGCAGAGUUUAAUAAAAAUGACUAAUCCUGAUCUGACUUCCCUUGCUCUUGGAAUUGAUCUGACAACCCUUGGGUUGAAUUUGAAUUCAUCGGAAAAUCUUCACAAGACUUUUAGUUCUCCAUGGUCUGAUGAACCAGCAAAGGGUGACCCAGAGUUCACUGUACCACAAUGUUAUUAUGCUAAGCAACCACCUGCUUUACAUCAAGGUUAUUUUUCAAAGUUCACAGUGGACACAUUGUUCUAUAUAUUUUACAGCAUGCCAAAAGACGAAGCUCAGUUAUACGCCGCAAAUGAACUUUACAAUAGAGGCUGGUUUUACCACAAGGAGCACCGAAUGUGGUUCAUAAGGGUUCCCAAUGUUGAGCCACUAGUGAAGACGAACACAUACGAGAGAGGUUCUUAUCAUUGUUUUGAUCCAAAAUCAUUUGAAUCAAUCCGAAAGGUCGGAACUACAGUAUCUCCUAAUUCAUUAUUAUGUUGCUUUUUAGUUUUUACUGUUAUUCAUGACUCUAGUUGCUGAAUGUUGGUGACUAUAUAUUUUAAGUGCAGGAUAAUUUUGUUUUCCAUUACGAGUAUGUGGAAAAGAGACCAGCUGUACCUCAACAUUAACAAGGUGGUUUUCUUUCUCAUAAUUAAGGACGUAAAGCUAAAGGAUGUAUUUGAAAAUGAUUCAUUAGGACAUUAGAGUGUAUUUUUGGAAUAUUUAGAAACUUUCAGCAAGUCCCUGGCGAUCUAAUUUCAAUGACCAGCUCUCUUUGCUUC